AUGCACAUCAUUCCUAUUCCAAUCUUCGAGCAUAACUACUCAUACCUCAUUGUCGACGAUAAGGCCAACGAAGCUGCCGUUGUAGAUCCUGGCGAACCGCAAAAGGUCCUAACCGCUCUUGCUCAAACUAGUGCGAAAUUAACAUCCAUCUUGACCACCCACCACCACCCACACCAUGCGAAUGGGAACAUCGAAUUGGUUUUGUCAAAGCCAACCCUCGCGGUCUAUGGGGCCGACGCUCGCAUUCCAGAAUUGAAUUAUGUUUGCAAGCAUAAUGAAGAAUUUACGGUCGGCACAUUGAAGGUUCGUUCGUUACAUACACCAUCUCAUACAAAAGGUAGCGUGUGUUAUUAUGUUAGAGAUGGAGAUGAAAUGAACGAAGAAAAAGAAAAGGCCGUGUUCACGGGAGACACUUUAUUAGUUGGAGGAUGUGGGAGGUUCGUGGAGGGUGAUGCCAAGGAUAUGUAUCACGUUCUUUACUCCAUAUUAGGGUCAUUACCCAAAGAUACGCAGGUUUUCUGUGGGCAUGAAAGUGCAUUCCUCAAUCUUCAGUUUGCAAGCACCAUAGACCCCAACAAUCCGAAUUUGCAUAAAAAGUUGAACUGGGUUCAAGCUCAGUCUACUUAUCGCACAGUUCCCAGUACCAUCGAAGAAGAGUUGGAAUACAAUCCUUAUUUGCGGGUUUCGGAACCAUCCAUUCAACAAGCGACAAACGUUUCUGAUAAUUUUGAGGUGAUGACAAUGUUGCGAGCGUUAAACGACAACUUCAACGCUCAACAUCACAGAAGCAGCCGAGCAAACGGACAUAAUGGAAUCGUCAGGAUUAACGGAAUUGGCGGAAUCAAUGGUAUUAAUGGUCUGAACCGAAUCAACGAGAUGGCCGGUAUCAACGGAAUGAAUGGAAUCUCUACGUUGAUGUGA